GUUUAAACGUGAAAGCUUUCAGUGGCACAGAUUAAAGAACUGAAUCGUUGAUCUAGUUAUCAGUGAAUUGUUGUUGUUAAAAAGAUGUCUGCUGCUACUCAAGAACAAGGCAAAAAUGCUCUAGAUGCUGAAAAGCAAAAAGUUAUUCAAUCAUUAGAGGAAGAUGAUGAAUUUGAAGACUUCCAAGCUGAAGACUGGCCAGAAGAACAAUCACUAGGUCCUGAAGGUGAAAAGAGUUUGUGGGUUGAAGAUUGGGAUGAUAAUGAUGCUGAUGACAACUUCACAAAUGAAUUAAAAGAUGAACUAGCAAAAGUUGCUGCUAAAAAAUGA